UAAGUAGUGGUUGCUUCCUGCGUUCCUUCGUAAUGCUUUCGGUGUGCGGCGACGAAAACAGCUUCUUGUUUCAGCAACCUUCAUAUCUAAUAAAAUCGCUUCUCCCUCUCUUAAUUCCUGCAGAAAACCCUAAUCCUAAUUCUCAGAUCUGAAUUUCCUUGAUUCCUCCGGCAAUGGAAUCCAUUACCGUCGUAUUCCCCGCCGAUAAUCCUCCGCUUUCGGUCUUCGCAGUAGCGAAAGUCGCCGGCAUUUCGCUGUCGCCGGACUCCAGCCUUCCAUCCGGUUCAGCUCCAGUUCUCCGUCUCUCCUCAGGAUGGGAAUUGCGUGGGACCAACAUACUUAUACGUUAUCUCGGUCGGUUAGCAAAUUUGUACGGCCAUGAUGCCCUUGAAUCUGCACAGAUUGAUGAAUGGCUAGAAUAUGCAUCAAUCUUUUCAUCUGGUUCUGAAUUUGAGGGUGCCUGUGGCCAUGUGGAUGGUUAUUUGUCAGUGAGGACAUUUUUGGUUGGUUAUAAUUUGUCAAUUGCAGACAUAGCAAUCUGGUCAGGUCUUGCAGGUACUGGGCAAAGAUGGGAAAGUUUGAGGAAGUCAAAAAAAUACCAGAAUCUAGUUCGUUGGUUCAAUUCAAUAGCUGAGGAAUAUGGGACUGCUUUAAAUGAGAUCACAGCAACAUAUGUAGGGAAAAGAGGGUUAGGUAAACCAGUUGCCACCAAACCAAAGGAAGGAGACCAAAGUGGCAACAAAUCAGCAAAGGUAAAUGAAGAGCGGUCAGUGAAGGAGGAAAGCAAUGAGAAGGAAAAGUCUGGUGGAUCUUUUGAAAUAGACCUUCCAGGUGCUAAAAUCGGAGAGGUAUGCUUGCGAUUUGCACCGGAGCCCAGUGGGUAUCUUCACAUUGGGCAUUCAAAAGCUGCACUUCUGAACAAGUAUUUCGCCCAAAGAUACAAAGGGCGUUUGAUUGUCCGCUUUGAUGACACAAAUCCUGCUAAGGAGAGCAAUGAGUUUGUGGAGAAUCUGUUAAUAGAUAUUGAGACAUUGGGUAUCAAGUAUGAUGCUGUUACGUAUACUUCUGAUUACUUCCCACAGUUGAUGGAAAUGGCUGAGAACCUCAUAGCGAAGGGAAAAGCAUAUGUUGAUGAUACACCACGGGAGCAGAUGCAGAAAGAAAGAAUGGAUGGCAUUGAAUCAAAAUGUAGGAAUAAUAGUGUGGAUCAGAAUUUGGCCUUAUGGAAAGAAAUGAUUGCUGCAUCUGAAAGAGGCCUGCAGUGCUGUGUCAGAGGCAAGCUGGACAUGCAGGCUCCUAACAAGUCACUAAGAGAUCCAGUUUAUUAUCGCUGCAAUCCAAUGUCUCAUCACCGUAUUGGUUCUAAGUAUAAGUUAUACCCUACAUAUGAUUUUGCUUGUCCCUUUGUCGAUGCUAUUGAGGGCAUUACCCACGCACUACGCUCAAGUGAAUAUCAUGAUCGUAACGAUCAGUACUACUGGAUCCUGAAGGAUAUGGGAUUGCGCAAAGUCCAAAUUUAUGAGUUUAGUCGCUUGAAUAUGGUGUAUACGCUUCUGAGCAAGCGUAAGCUUCUCUGGUUUGUUCAAAAUGGAAAAGUUGAGGGGUGGGAUGAUCCUCGUUUCCCGACCGUGCAGGGAAUAGUACGUAGAGGCCUCCAAAUUGAUGCAUUGAUACAGUUCAUUCUUCAACAGGGCGCCUCAAAAAAUCUCAACCUCAUGGAGUGGGAUAAGCUGUGGACCAUCAAUAAGAAGAUAAUUGAUCCAAUAUGUCCCAGACAUACUGCUGUCCUUGAAGAACAGCGUGUACUGAUGAUCCUAACUGAUGGUCCUGAGAAACCAUUUGUCCGUGUUAUACCCAGACAUAAGAAGUUUGAGGGAGCUGGGAAAAAAGCGACAACAUUCGCGAACAGAAUAUGGAUAGACAACGCUGAUGCAUCAUCUGUCUCAGUUGGUGAGGAGAUAACUUUGAUGGAUUGGGGUAAUGCAAAAAUUAAAGAAAUCGAGAAGGAUGCAGAAGGAAACAUAACAUCAUUGAGAGGGGUGUUGCAUCUUGAAGGGUCUGUUAAGACCACAAAAUUGAAGCUGACAUGGUUAGCCGAUACAGAUGAGUUGGUCAACCUUUCAUUGGUUGAAUUCGAUUAUCUAAUCACAAAGAAGAAGCUGGAAGAAGGGGAAGACUUCAUAGAUGUUCUCAACCCCUGCACUAGGCGGGAGACUUCAGCCUUUGGGGAUUCUAACAUGCGUAAUCUGAAGCGUGGGGAGAUACUUCAGCUGGAAAGGAGGGGAUAUUUUCGGUGCGAUGUUCCUUUCGUCAGACCUUCUAAGCCUAUAGUUCUGAUAGCAAUCCCAGACGGUAGACAACCAACAUCAUCGAGGUGAUCUCACCUUAUAAUUUAACCUAUAAAGAGGUUCUUAUUUAUAGAUGUCACGUGUGAGGAACAAUACGGAGUGAGUACCAUUUAGUAGUUGAAACUUUUUUGUAAUUUGUAAUGGGAGUGGAUUUCUUCAUUAUUAGGUACAUCUUCUGAUUUCUAUAAACUGUUUUGCAUGCUUUACAAGCAUUGAAGAACAAGUCAGUUUUGCUUUUCCCCUGAAUAGUUGCGACAUGAUCAUAUUCACAAUCUUUACUGUU